GGAAAGAGAGGCAAGUCGCGGGUGACACUCCAAAGCCGGAGCUCUUCAAUUGUCAGGAUGAGAAGAGAAAGUUGGCGCUUUCGUCCAAUCAGCUCCGGGCUUCUCCAGACGGGACAGUCUUCCGGCUGGCCAAUCGCGACGCAGAGAUCCUAAGGAAGCUUGGGGUGAAAGAACUAAUAAAUACUCCAGAGCUGAGUUUCCUUUCACUGCAAAUCAAGAACAAGGAGAAAUCAUCCCCGCCGCCUGCCACUCAAGCCGGGCGAGAUCAAUGCGAGUUUGUCCUAGGGGGAAAGGGCCGUCAGUUCGCAGUUUUCUCCAGCCAGCUGAAGCCGUUGCGAAUCCCUCUUUUUCGGGCAAAACUUUUCCCUCCCGCUCUUCUCUCUUUCUCUGCCACAUUUUCGCUCUAAGAUACCUCUGACAGAGAGGAGAACAGAGCUUCCCUUCCCCCUUUUCCUUAAGUUGGACCCCCUCCUUUUCCUCCCCCCCUCACGUUUCAAAUCCCGAUCUCUAUAGAUUUUAAAUUAAACCUCCCCCUCCCCUUAUUCUAUGCGGACUUGCUAUCCACACUGACCUGCCUCCCCCCCACCCACCCCCAAAGCCCCUUCUCAAUUCUUGGAUACAAUACGUUUAAGAAAGCCAAGGUGCCACUAAAAUGACAACUCUGGGUGGAGCUGUCCCCAGGAUGAUGCGACCAGCUCCCGGACAGAAUUAUCCUCGCAGCGGUUUUCCGUUAGAAGUGUCCACUCCUCUGGGCCAAGGCCGAGUCAAUCAGCUCGGAGGUGUUUUUAUCAAUGGCAGGCCCCUACCCAACCAUAUUCGCCACAAGAUCGUGGAGAUGGCCCAUCAUGGCAUCCGGCCAUGCGUCAUCUCCCGCCAGCUCCGAGUGUCUCAUGGCUGUGUCUCCAAGAUUCUCUGCAGGUACCAGGAGACAGGCUCCAUAAGGCCGGGGGCCAUUGGGGGCAGCAAACCCAAGCAGGUGACGACGCCGGAUGUUGAGAAGAAGAUCGAGGAGUACAAACGGGAGAACGCAGGCAUGUUUAGCUGGGAGAUCCGGGACAAACUGCUGAAGGACGGCGUGUGCGACAGAAACACCGUGCCUUCAGUGAGCUCCAUCAGCCGCAUUUUGAGAAGCAAAUUUGGGAAAGGAGAAGAAGAAGAAGGGGAGCUGGAGCGUAAGGAAGCGGAAGAGAACGAGAAAAAAGCCAAACAUAGCAUCGACGGCAUCCUCAGCGAAAGAGAAGCCAUCAUUGGAUCUCACCAUUCUGGCCAAUUUUUGUCCAAUAUCUCAAUCUCAUUCUUGGGAAACAUGAUAGAGAACUUCAGAGUGGCCAUGGACACAACAACUUCAGAGGGCCGUAGAGGAAGCAGAUUAAAUGGAUUCUUUUCAAUCAGGAUUCAGACAUGGGUAUGGGAUGGAAACAACAUUGAACAUGUUUUUGAAUGAUCUUUGGCAUGGGCACGCAUCUUUGCCCUACUUGACUUCUUGGCAACUUUCAAUACUAUUGAUCAUGGUACUCUUCUGGAUCAGCUCAGAAGAUUGCGGUGGGUGAUAUUGUGUUGUGCUAGUUCACCUUUUUCUUUUGAUUCCAAUCCAUGUUGGUUAGGGAGGAGAGGUUCACUCUUGCCCCUACUAUGUGGAGUGACACAAGAUUUGCUGCUUUGUCCUUUUCUUUUCAACAUAUAAUUGAAGCUAUGGAGUGAGUUAUCCAUCAUUAUGCAAAUGAUAUCCAAUUCUGUGUCUCCUUCCCUGAUGAAUUAAAUAAUGCUGUGAACAAAUUUAAUAAAAUAAGUAUUUUUUUUUAAAAAAAACUAUUCAUCCAGGGCACCUUUGUUAUGGCUAGAAAUCAGUUAAUAUUUACCCCGAAUAUGUACAGAUCACUACAGAGAUUCUGAAAGAAAUUAUCGAAAGUUUUCAGUAUCUGAAAAUAUUGCCCUGAGUUAUAAUUUCCAUUACAGAAUUUGCUGGUAUUCAUACACAGAGAGUGUGCAUAGCAGCUGGCAAAAGUAAAUAUGGCUGGAUUGUAAAUAUGAGACUUGUGAAUACUUAUGCCUUUCUGGCCAUUGCAAAGAAGUUGUUUGUAUACAUGUUAAUCCAGUUGCGCUGAUUAGAGCAAUAUUAAAUAGGGCAAUAAACAAUACCUUUCAGAUUUAAUUCAUUUGAUCUUUGGCUUAUUUGUAAAUGUUCUUGCACAGAUAAAACUCCUUUCUAAAAUUGGUGCAAUGAAGUUUUAGCCAGGAAUGAUACUUCUGAUCAAUUGAAAAAGAUCACAGCUUUUGGUUGGCCUCCUCACUACUCUUCUGAAGUUUGCGCUUAGGAGAUGCUCUUGUGGCCCUUCCUAUUCCUUCAGCUUGGUACUUGAAUGGCCCUUUCUGUUCUCUGGCUUACUGGAAUUGGCCUGCAGGCAAAGCCACAAUGAAUUGUUCCCCAGUCAUGUGCGCUAUUCUAAAGAGCCCUACUCAUCCCACUCCUUUAGCCUUGGCUUCAGUGAGAGAGCAAUUCAAACUGGAGUAGACUAAAUUGCCUCCUUUCUUUUUUUGCUUGCUUUCAUCUUGGCAAAAGCUUCCCUCCCCUCUCUUUAUUUCUUCUAUGCCUCAGGCUCACAUUAGUGCAUUUUCUUCAGCCACCCCUAUUUUGAAGGGGUGUGUUGCGGAGCAGAGAGGGGGAGGAAGGUUGAGAAAAGAAAGAUGUGUACACAAAAGCCCUGCUCUGUAACUAAAAAAGCUGAGGCUGGGACCGCCUCUUGAGCUGGAUGAUGCUUUUCCUGUUUGUGAGUUUGGGAAACAUUUUUGCUUUGUACUGUAAUGGAAUUAGAGGACAGAUGCUGACUGUAAAUGGGACACGCGACAGCCAGCCUCUAGCUUAAAUAUUUUGAAGCCAUAUUACAAUUACUGACUUGAUAUGGCACUUUGAAGUGGUUGCACAUGAUCUAAGGGGCGGUCCGAAAGAGAUGGAUGAUCAGAUGUUUCGGUUUUGAUAGCAAGGCCUGGUUUUGAAGACAUAUUUUAGACUUAUUAGAGUAUAUUAAUAUUUUUUAAUGACAAUUUAGAGUGAAGAUUCACAAAUUAGAUUCCAGGAUAUUAUUAGUCCUUUGUUUUGACAAAGAGCUUUAUUAGCACCAAAAAGACAUACUGUGUUUUUCUGUUUUUACAGUGGCAGAUCUAUGAGUUCAUGGAAUUUCUUAAUUAGGAAAAAUUGAGCUUGCAGUCUGAUAUCUUUAAGCUCUAGUCUGUCUGUCUGUCUGUCUGUCUGUCUGUCUGUCUGUCUGUCUGUCUAUCUAUCUAUCUAUCUAUCUAUCUAUCUAUCUAUCUAUCUAUCUAUCUAAUCAUUUAUGUACGGCCCAUCUCCCUCAAAGUAGCAGUUACUGAGUUUCAAGCUGAUCGGUCAGAAUCAAAAAGCUAUUGUAGCUCUUUGUGCAUAUAGUAGCAGCCCUUCCUGCCAGAUUAAAGGUCAAACAACCUUUGUAGGAAAUUGUCCAGAGCAGCAUUUGUUGUAAUCAAUUAAAUCCAAAAUAAGAUAAGCUUCAGAAAUGCAUUAAGAUAGCCCAUAUUUCUACAGAAGCCUUUUUUGGAAAACAUAUGGUUAUCUCUGGUUCCAGUUUAUGGAUACUUCAUAAUUCUUCUUGAUCAAAAGCGGCUAUUCUUCUCCAGAAGAAAGUUCGUUUGGUAUGCCAUUUCUUGAAAUGCAAAGUGGAAUAUGGAUUAAAUGAAUACUUUUUAAAAUAAAAGU